UCAACAUGAGUGCGAUCGAGCUCGCCAGCUUCACGUCCAAGAGGUAUCCCAAGCACAAAAUCGCCUCUACCGACGAGAUCGAGGUCCGGUGGCCGGCAAAUUUCAAGGGAUUCAGCUCCAGAAAGCUUCAGGACGACCUUGGGAUCCAAUUCAAGUCGCUGGAGCAAAUGUUCGACGAUUGCGUUGAGAGCCUGGAACGCAAAGGCCUCUUACACGCAAGUAAGAGUAGAUCGCUUGACUCAUUUCUUUCUUGAUCCAGGUAACGCAAGUGUGGCAUGUAUGGCUAGCAAAAUAAGCACCAUAGUCAUGAUCGAAGCACUAUGGGUCCGUCUCCACUGAUUCUCCAGCUUUGCCAGCUCCAGCAAGAGCAAAGAGCGCUAUUAAAAAAAAUUUAAUUACAAAACCAUAUC